CCUGCGCCGCCAUUUUUACACAGGGAAAAGAGACUGGUUUGAGGGGAUCUAAUUUCUAAAAGUCGCUGUUCAUUUGGGCAUAAUUCUAACGGUUUUGUUUUUAUUGACAGCAUAACUGGAGUGCCUGCAAAAAUUUGGAAGUAGCGCGUUUUGAAGAAAGAAUACUAAUCGCAGGAUAAGUUUUGGAGACACAUUUUGAGACUUUGCUAGUGAUCCGCAGUGUGUGGACAGAAGUAUUGUUUUGGUUGUGAGAGCCCUGAAGAGCGGCGGGGGUCUCACCCAGAUCCUCUCUUCGUUGUUUGGGUCUUCGAGAGUGGACAUUAAACGGCUAAUCUAUACAAUUUGGACCACUACCUGGUCUCUGGUGAUCCACUUGUGUGCUCUCCAUACCCCAAGAGACGCUUAAGACAAAGCUGGCUAGCAUUUGAGCACAACACAGUCACAUGGUAUUCCAGCUGGGACAAGAAGCCAGGGCUCAGGCCUUGUGGAUGCACUUAGAUGUCUGCAAUGACUGCUGUGGCUGGUAUGCCUCAGUGUUUCGGACUGCCAUUCUCUGGACUCAGUAGGACAAGAACUGAUCAGCAGAGAACGUCAUGAGCAUAGUCGUCCCAGUUGGGGUGGACACAGCAGACACCUCAUACCUGGACAUGGCUGCAGGCUCAGAACCAGAAUCGGUGGAGGCCAGUCCUGUAGUGGUGGAGAAGUCCAGCUACCCCCACCAAAUAUACAGCAGUAGUUCACAUCAUUCCCACAGUUAUAUUGGUCUGCCCUAUGCUGAUCAUAACUAUGGAGCAAGGCCCCCACCCACACCACCAGCUUCGCCUCCACCCUCGAUGCUGAUUCAACAGGGAGAUGGACGGUUGUUUAUGCCCGGUGGGCAAGAUGAGGCAUCCAGGGGCACCACGCUAAGCACCUCAGAAGAUGGCAGCUAUGGAGCUGACAUUACUCGCUGCAUUUGUGGGUUCACCCAUGAUGAUGGCUACAUGAUCUGCUGUGAUAAAUGCAGUGCAUGGCAGCACAUUGACUGCAUGGGUAUCGAUAGACAGAACAUUCCUGAGACCUACCUGUGUGAGCGUUGCCAACCACGACACCUGGACCGAGAGAGGGCCAUUCUGCUGCAGACUAGAAAACGAGAGUGUUUGUCAGAUGGGGACACUAGUGCAACAGAAAGUGGAGAUGAGGUCCCACUAGAGCUCUACUCAACUUUUCAGCAUAUGCCCACUAUCAGCACUCUGACUACAGGACGCCUUGGCAACAAACAGGCCGAUAAAAAACGUAAAAAGAGUGGUGAUAGAGACCCCCCAGCCUCAUCUGCCAGGGCUAAAAAGGCUUUUAGAGAAGGAUCCAGAAAAUCCUCCAGAGUAAAGGGUGCUGCUCCGGAGCAGGAUCCAGUAGAGCACCCAUCUCUCUGGGAAAACAAGAUCAAGGUUUGGAUGGAGCGUUAUGAAGAAGCCAGCAGUAAUCAAUAUAGUGAAGAUGUUCAGGUCCUGUUGCGUGUAAAAGAGCAAGGUGAUGGAAAGAGCCUUGCCUAUAACACACACCCAGCCUCUUUCAAGCCCCCUGUAGAGAGUCAUGUUCAAAAGAAUAAGAAAAUCCUGAAGGCAGUGCGGGACCUGGCACCAGACUCCCUCAUUAUUGAGUACAGGGGCAAAUUUAUGCUUAGGCAGCAGUUUGAAGCUAAUGGAUACUUUUUUAAGAGGCCAUAUCCAUUUGUAUUAUUUUAUUCUAAGUUUGAUGGUCUGGAGAUGUGUGUUGAUGCUCGUAGUUUUGGUAAUGAGGCACGCUUUAUUCGGCGUUCUUGCACCCCCAAUGCGGAGGUGCGCCAUGUCAUUGAGGACGGUAUGCUACAUUUAUACAUCUACUCAGUGCGGCACAUUACCAAAGGCACAGAGAUCACUAUAGGCUUUGAUUUUGAUUUUGGCAGCUGUAAGUACAAAGUGGAUUGUGCCUGUGUGAAGGGGAACCAUGAGUGCCCUGUGCUGAAGCAUAACCAGGAGCCCACAGAAAAUCUGAGCUCAGGUGGCCGGAGACGCGGCAGUCGAAAGGACCGAGACUCCAGAGAUGACCUUGGUCAGAACCAAAAUGUGUCUCUCGAUGGUGAAACCAAGGGGAAAAGUGUGGGCGAUAACAAACAGAGGAAGCUUUCACCUCUCCGCCUCUCCAUCUCAAAUAACCAGGAUCCUGAGUUAUAUGAGGAUCUAGAAGACAAAACCUCCGUUAGCAAUGAAGUAGAGAUGGAGUCAGAAGAGCAGAUUGCAGAGAGGAGGAGGAAGAUGACUCGUGAGGAGAGAAAGAUGGAGGCUAUUCUACAAGCGUUUGCUCGAAUGGAGAAGAGGGAAAAGCGUCGGGAGCAAGCGCUGGAGAGGAUCGGUAGCGUUAAGUCAGAUGUCACGAGUCACAUCAAAGAGGAGCCCCCGGCAACACCAGAGAUGGCAGAUUCGCCAACAGUUGCACAGCCACUUCUUGAGGUGAAGGAAGAACCUGGAUUAAAGCCAGCUAAAGUUAAAGCUUCAAGAAAUAGGAAAAGCUUUUCUAGGAAUCGCACACACAUCGGCCAACAGCGAAGACGGGCUCGCACCAUCAGCACCUGCUCUGACUUGCCUCCUGGCUCUCCAGCUGAGUCUAUAGAGCCUCUGAUUAAUGACGCCCCUGAAGGAGAGACACCCAGUGCACCAGAGCCAGAGGUCCUGUCUGUCCCAGCCCCAGACGCCAGCCCUCCUCAAGGCAACUCCCCUGCUCCGGAGAGAUCUCGCUCUGGGAGCAGGAGCUUCAAGACAAAAAAGCACUUUGUGAGUGAGUGGGUGGGAGAAAGGCAGCAGGAUAGAGCUGCCGUGCGGACACCAGAGCCUGUUCCCCCAAGACCACUGAGAAUAAGCAGCGACCCAGAAGUAUUGGCCACACAACUGAAUGCUUUGCCGGGCAUGGCCUGCUCUCCACAGGUCUACAGCACCCCUAAACACUAUGUGCGUUUCUCAUCUCCAUUCCUGGCCAAUCGCAGUCCCACCACUCCAGGUGUCCCGACUGGAAGGAGGCGCUCACGAGAGAUGCCAGAAACGCCACCAACCUCUGGUUCUUGUAAAAAGCGAUGGUUGAAGCAAGCUUUAGAAGAGGAGUGCUCUCCAAGCCCUGUACGAAGACCAAGCCUAGUCAUGCCCAGUGAAGGGCCUCUCAGCCCUUCAGUCAAUGGAGACUCUGAUAGCCCUCUACCAUACAAUGGCACUUGCUCACUUUCAGAGUUGCCCACUCCUUUAAAAAAGCGGCGGUUAAAUACAUUAGAUGCCUGUUUGUCUGAGAGCUCAACACCCUAUGGUUCGCCAUGUGCCACGCCCACUCGGGCAGACCCAUCAGACGCCCCAACGACACCUGUUCUUAUGGCAACCCCACCACGCACUAAAACUGAGGAGCACAGCACAGAGCCUCUCCCGAGCACCCCAGUCUUGACAACAGCUGCUCCCCCAGAGAGUGAGUCCUCGGUUGAGAGCUCUCCAGAAAUCAGUAGGAAACCCAGCAUUCAGGAGCCGGAUCGACCUCCUUCGUUGACGUCCUCUCCAUGCGUCAGGGCUUCUUUGGACAGUCCACCAGAAGAGACCAAGCCCUCAGCUCCUGAGAGCCCACAGCCCCCAGCGGCCGAGUCUGUGGAAUGUGCAGACGGCGUGGACAAUGGAGUUUUAGAAGCAGGCUCUGAAGUGCCCUCGUCUGCUGAACCAAGUGCUGCUACUUUUCCUGGAUGGAUAAAAAGUCCAGAAAGGGGCCCUAGUGGAGCUGCAGGCCUGAACUUCUCUCCAGUGAACUCAAACUUACGGGACCUCACCCCCUCUCACACAUUGGAGCCUCUGGUUGCUCCCUUCAGGCCAGAGGCCAGCCCCUCAGCUGCAGCAGGGUCACUGGUUGGCCCUCCAAAUGCCUUCAGUGAAGGCCAGGGGGCACUGUUUUUCCCUUGCUCUGAGGAUACAUCCUCUCAGAGCUUUUCUCGUUCACUCAGUGGUGAUAGUACUGGUGAAGGUGGAUCCGCACAAAAUCCCCCACAAAAGAAAAAGGUUUCUCUGCUGGAAUAUAGAAAGCGACAACGAGAAGCUCGUCGAAGUGGCUCUAAGACAGAGUGCAGUUCGCCCGUUUCUACGGUGCCACCUCUGACUAUCGACGCCUUCCCUGUAGCCAUGGAGAUGAACUGUGAGCCCCCUCCUCCGCCACCACCCGCACUCCCCUGCACAAAUACUGUUACUGUAAAAGAGACCCCAACACCUGAGGACACAGAAACACAAGGCGACAAAGAGAGGGGGGAGAAAGAAGAGGGAGAGGGGCAGUGGACAUCAUCGACUUCAGUGGAACAGGCUCGCGAACGCAGUUACCACAGAGCUCUUUCACUCAGCAAAGACAAAGACACAGAUGGUGAAAAUGAAGGCGGUGAGACACCUAUUGCCAGUGAUUGCCCCUCUCCAGCUCUGCAGAAGACCCCGACUCAUACACCCUGUUCACCCAGCCCACAGAGUCGACCCAUGAAGGAAGAUGAUGUCGACAGUCGACCCAGGACACCAAAUACAGCUGCCCAAUCACUGAAUAAGCCUGUCGCCUCAAAGCCCACCCCUCUGACGCCAACAAAGAUACAUGGCUCACCACUACCCUCCUCACCAGUCCAUUACCCAGGAUCCUCUCUACUCCACUCUCCGAAACCCCAAUCACAGACUGCACCAUUUCGCAGCCAGAGGGCACUGUUUUCAGCCCAGCCUCCAAACCAGACUUUUACUAAUGCUCAGAGCGCACUGCCGCCUCCACCCCCUCCCCCGCCUGCUCCACCCACCUCCACCUCCUACUUCCCCAGCCAGAGCCCCUCCUCAGCAGGACCCUUCCCCAGCCAGAGCCCCUCCUCGGCUGGGCCCUUUCCUGCAUUUAAGCCCACCUCGCCAUUCCCCCCUGGUUCUCAGACACUGCUGCAGCCCCUGUCCCAUAGUGUGCACUAUCAGGGCUCUGCUGCUCCUCCGCCUCCCCCUCCUCCACCCCCACACCCCAUGUCAGGGCCCAGUCUGUUACAUGUCAACAUGCAGCAACACCAGUUGAUGCUGAGCAGUGCGCCUCCACCCCCGCCUCCUCCACAGGGACAGAAAGCCCCACAGCAGGCUCCUCCUACGACGGGCGGCCUGCUGUCUCUGACUCCCCCUCCACCGCCUCCCCCUCCUCCCCCUACCAGCACCAUGCAAAACCACCACUUUCAGAGUUUAGGGGGUUUUCAGGCCAUGCCUCCGACCACGUACCCCCCUCCCAUGCAGCAAAGUGGGCUACCUCCGCCGCCCCCACCCCCUCCUACACAGACUUCACAGGGCCAGGCCCCACCCACAGCUGCACCUCGUGGACCCCCAUCUACAGCGGCGCCCCCCUUCCACAGUUCGGGUUACCUGAGCACCGGAUGGCACUGACCACUGCUGUGGACCCAAGCAGUGAGCACGCUUUUCUGUGUACCUGAACACAUGGCCAGUGGAAAUAUAGAUGACUGUGGAAGAAAAGGGUACUUUUUUAUAAAAUAUAUGUGGACAGAAAAUCUUAAAAAAAAAACUGUAACACAAUCUUCAGCAGACUUUAUUGAAAUGAAGAUGAACAACCCCGGUGCUCUUAGCCCCCUCUCUGGCCUCCUUUUGUUUUAUACAACUUUCCAGUGAUGGAAAGACAAGCUCUUGUUCUGUGUCUUGUUUGGACCCCAUUGUGAGGCCUGCACUUUGUUUAUCUAUGGACAUUCCAGCCUAAAACCCUCUCCUGUCCCCCGUUAUUCCUUUGCCUUCCUUAUAUCUCUUGUCUGUCGUCAACUUCACACCAUUUAUUUGAUUAAUCUAGUGGUUCAAUAUAGCAAAGAGAAAGCUUUUUGUAUAGAGAAAAACACAAUUAUUUUUUUUAUUCCUGUCUAACAACAAAUAUCUGUUCACCGCUGCAGAUUCAGAAAAGACCCAUUUUGGGAGCCUGCCUCACCGCCCAUGGAGGCUGCACUUGUGUGUUUGUAUUUGUGUGUACAGAUUUGUGCACUGUAUGUAUGUGCGCGUGUGUGUAUAUGUAUGUAUGUAUGUAUGUAUGUAUGUAUGUGUGUGUGAAGAAGACUCGCUGCCCAGUGUCUCUGAGAUGAGGAAAGUAUGUAUGAAAUGAGUGCUAGUGGUCUUCUGAGGUGGGCAGUGGGGACUUGCCACAGGUAGGAAGUUAGCGGUUUAUUUUUGAAUAUCAAUGGUUAUUUGUAGAAAGUGUAAUUUAAUGUAUAGGUGGUUACUCCAGCUUUCACCAGGAACAGAUUGUAAAUAUUUGCUUCUUUUCUUUUCUAUGCUUGUAUAAUUGGCCUCCAUCCCAUUUUGAAAUAUGGUUGUAAAUAUAAACGCUCUCUUGGCAAAGCUGAAUGUUUCUGUGACUGUAGCAUUAUUUUUUUUUAUCGUUUUCUGCUUCAGACACUUCAACUUUGUCUUUUUUAUCAUUUGGGCGUGUGAGUGUAUGUUUGUGUGGAGGGGACAGACUCACAGACACUGCACUGGUUGGUUAUUUUCAUGGUUCAUUAUAAUAAAUCACUGUAAUGACUUUUAUACCACUUGUCUUGA